AUGGCUGGCUCCGCCCUUUUCUCGGCUGCCCCGUACCAUAUCUUGUCAUAUGGCACCUUGCUGGGAACAUCCUUCUACCAGUCCUUCAUCAACGGCCCUGUCAUGUUCAGAAGCACCAACCGAACGACCUUUUCCACUGUCCAGUCCGGCUUAUUUCCUAUUUACUUCGGCAUGCAGACCUUCCUCCCUAUCAUCAUGAUCUUUACAUUCCCCGGAAACGCCAUUCUUGGAUUCAACUCCGGCAUCAGCGGCCUCUUUGCCGACGUCAACCGCGUCCCCUCGAUGCUCCCUAUCCUUACCAUGUUCAUCACCGGAUUUAUCAACCUAGCUGUUAUGUUGCCCGCUGUCACUCAGCUCAUCCAGGCUCGUCAGGGCCAGUCCAAGCGCGACGGAAAGGAUUGGUACGCUGAAGGCCCUCACUCGGAUGAGAUGGUUGCCCUGAAUAAGAAGUUCGGGGCCAUGCACGGUCUCUCGUCUCUCAUCAACCUGGCCACAUUUAUCUCGGCCAUCACCUACGGCUUCACCCUGGCAGGCCGCCUCCUCUGA